AGCUUGUUCAAAUUGAUAAAAAAAUAAUCCAUAAAACGUGCAAUAAAAUUUCAUUAAAGUUUAAUUUGGACAUUUGGUUAUAUCUACUGGGAUACCAAGUUAUUCAAACAGAUCAAAUGGUCGCCAUAGACCUAGCAUAGAGAUCAAUACCCACUACGAUCAUAAAGAUAAAUUCAUUAAUAAUGUAGGAGUAGCAUGUGAUAGGAACCUCUUACUUAUGUUUGUUUACUUAUCAUACUUCAAACUUCUGGUACGAAAAUUGAAUUGUUUGACAGCGCAAAGUUCCUUAAACCGGAAUGCUUCUUUUAAUGAUAGAUUUUACUUAUCGAAUAUUUUAAACGAUUAAUUUCCUUAUCAGCAAAAACUUAACAACGGGGUUAGUACACGACGGAAAAGGACUUGAAGGUGAAAUAUGUCUUAAUUUAUAGGAAAAUUAGUGUAUGUAAAUUGAUGUUGUAGCCUUAAGGCUAGAAUUGUGUGAUUCAUCAAAUGAUUUAAAUCCGUCAAACAAUUGAUUUGUGAUCGACAUGACAAUAUCUAGUUUUGUUGUUUUCACUUGUUCUAUGUAAAAUUACAUGUGGCAUUUUUUAAAGGAAAUCGUUUGAAAAUGUUUGUUUCUUCGAAAGUUCGUGCGAAAAUCACAGAUUCUGACCCUGUUUUCAAAACUCGAUAUCUUGGUAAUGUUGAAGUAUAUGUUCCAAAUGGAACUGGAUGUACUAAUGCACCUGUACAGAAACUGUGGGAUAAUUCGGGAGAGGAGAGAGCGAUGAAUAAAGUGACGACGGUUAUUAACAUUCAUGGAAUAUUUAUGAAAGAUUCGGAUAAAAAGAAAGACGAAGGAAAGUUAUUUCCAAUAGAAAAUAUUUCAUUUUGUAACGCGGAGAGUAUUGCUAAUGGAAAAAUAUUUAGUUGGAUAUCAAAAGAAGAAAAUAGUCCUAGAUUAUUGUGUCAUGCAGUGUUAUGCAGCACCCCUGAAAAAGCCAAGUCUAUGGCUCUUGUGAUGUCUAGAGCUUUUCAAAUAGCUUAUAAAGAUUGGAAAACGGAACAAAAUAACAUUGCAAGAAGUCACAGGAAAGACAGUGUGAAAACUAAAACAGCUGAUUUUGAUAUACAAUUAAAAGCGAGAUAUCAGAUUGAUCAAACAGGUACGCAUGACCUUCAAAAUGGUGUCCAAAAAACCAAGAUCGAUGAUUCGGAAACUGAAGGGAAAGCAGAAAUUUGUAUGAAGAAUGGUUCUGAUUAUGAUGAUUCUAAAUCAAACAAAUCGUCAACUAGUAGUGAAAAUGAAAGUGUGGGCUCUAAAUACAAAGAUUCAGAGUGUCAAACAAGUGAAGUGAAAAAUCCAGACACAACAAGAGAUUACAAAGAAAUUCAACCGGCAGAAAAGAUAGACAAUAUUGGUAAAGACACACUGACAAAUGAUCUGAAAGAUAUAUCUAUACAAGCCGAUAACACAGUUUUAAAAACGGAAGAUAGUAUCGAUGGUUAUACCGAUAAAAUAUCAGGACAAAAUAAUAGGGACUUCACAGCAACCAUUGGAGACGAUAAUAUAGAACCAAUUUCUCAAAAGCUUUAAUCUGCAUCAUCUUGUUAUUAGCUGAACAUGUUAAUAUGUCAUAAUCUUUAAGGACAUAGUUUUAUAAUUAUAUUUAUCUGAUACAUAAUCUGGAACUGCUCAACUGCAUUGUCUACACGGUGCUUUAAUACAUAUAAAACUAGAAUUCGCAAUA